UAAACCUUGUUUAUUUAUUGACUUGUAGAUAUGAAUGAAAGACUCGAUACCUAUGAAAACCUCACAAACAUGGAGGUUGUUCGUAGAUAUCGUCUAGAUAAGGAUGGUAUUGAUCGGCUGAAUGAUGAAUAUGGUGAUCGAUUAGCGCCAAGAACACUUGGCCAAAGAAAUGUCUCCGCUUUGGAAAAAAUAAUUGUCACCCUACGCUAUUUUGCGUCGGGUGACUUUCAAAUCAAUGAUGGAGACAUCCAUAAACUGUCACAGCCAUCUGUAUCAAGAGCUGUGACACAAUUCACAGAGAUGCUGGCUAACCAGGAAACGAUGACAAGAAACAUAACAUUCCCAACCAGUAUGCAUGAUAUAACCAGGGUGAAGACGGACUUCCAAGGUAUAGCCAACUUUGCCAAUGUUGUUGGAGUGGUUGACGGGACGCAAGUCCAAAUUCAAGCUCCGCAUGUCAAUGAGGACGCCUAUGUUAAUAGAAUGGGAUAUCAUUCGAUUAAUACCCAGGUGAUAUUCAAUGGCCAAGACCGACUUAUUGAUAUAGUUGCACGGUGGCCAGGAUCAACCCAUGACAGCCGGAUCCUAAGGGAGAGUAGCGUAUACCAACUCUUUGAACGUGGGCAUGUGGCCAGCGAGCACAAAUAUCUGCUCGGGGACAGUGGCUACCCAUGCAAGCAGUGGUUGCUCACUCCUUAUUUAAACCCAGCCAAUGCAGGACAGGUUAACUACAACAGAGUUAUCAUGGCAUGUGGAGUGUUGCAUAACAUUUGCAAAGAAAUGAACAUCCCAAUGAUUGGGGAUGAUAUACCAGCCAACAUGCAGCAGGAAGUACCUUACCAAGGAAUUCAGAAUGGGCUGCGAUACAGGGAUUUCGUAGCACUAACAUAUUUUAACUAA